GGCUUCGCCGUGCUGUGCAGCUGUGCUUGGCGCAGGCGCGCUCCCUCCUCUCGCAGCUCCACAUUGAGUGUUUGCAUUGUGUCUGAACUGCCGGCGAGCUUUAAAGAAAUAUUAUACCAACAGCAGCAAUGUCGGGCAGGUCGGUCCGCGCGGAGACCCGGAGCAGAGCGAAAGAUGACAUCAAGCGGGUUAUGGCCGCUAUUGAGAAAGUACGGAAAUGGGAGAAAAAAUGGGUGACAGUGGGGGACACGUCCCUACGGAUUUACAAGUGGGUCCCCAUGACCGAGCCCAAGUCCGAUGAUAAGAACAAGAACAAGAAAAAAGGAAAGGAUGAGAAGUAUGGGUCAGAGGUCACGACCCCAGAGAACAGCUCCUCCCCCGGAAUGAUGGACAUGCAUGAUGACAACAGCAACCAGAGCUCCAUCGCCGACUCCUCGCCGGUCAAACAGGAGACCAGCCGCAGCACCAGCCCCGCCCCCGAGCCCAUGGCCGUCUCCCAGAGCGACAGUAGCGAGGCCAAGAGUGACCACAGCCAGUCCCCUAGUAAGGAUCAGCAGGGCACAGACAGCAAGGGAGGCAAGAGUCACCCAUCUUCAGAGUCCUCCGUAUCCAGCAUAAGCAAGAAAGACCAAUCUUCGGGGGAGAAAGAACUGUCCUCAGAAACUGCUAUAACCACUCAGGAACUAGAAGGUGGGGCCCCUCCCUGUAAGAAGGGCAAACUGGAUUCCCCCUCCCAAGACUUUGAGGAGAGUUAAAUUUCACCGCAUCCAGUUUAAAUCUCUCUUACACCUCUAUCGAUCUCAUCACCUACGCCCCAAUACCUCUGCACUGACUCCCCAUUCGGGGGGGAUGGGGCGGACAGCUUCACUUUCAACUGAGCCUGGCUCAUGCCCACCACCACCACCAUCCCCACCCCCCCGCCCCACAUCCCCGGUAGCCCAGCAAAGUUCUGCCUAACCCCGGCCUUUUCCCAGCCUAUCAGAGGAGGAUGGGGGAGGGGCUUUGGCGCCACGGCUAUCUGCGACACCGAAAAAAACAACACUGAAGAACUGCACCUGUGAAACACACCUGUGAAGGUUCCCGCUACCCUUUCCUUUUUUUAGGUUUUCUCCCCCCCCCCUCCCCCUUCAGUUCCUGUUUAAAAGCGGUUUAGUUUUUUUCUCAGGAGGGUCAUCGCACUGUUGUAGUAAUGUCCAAAUGGUUACUGAUGGUUCUGCUGCUGUAAAGAUAUUGUUAUAAUAGUCUUGAAAAUCUUUUUGAAAUCCCUCUUUAUUUAACAAAUAGGAACAGUGAUGAGUAUUUUAAUGAAUGGUACAGGUCACAUUGUUUCUUUUCUUUUUUCCUUUCUAUUACUGUAAAGAACGUAGCCCGUAAGAUAGGUCCUGCUUGGUCAUGUGACUUGUUACCAAAUCAAUAAGCUCUCAUUCGUUUUUACUUUUGUCAUCAUUUUAAAGUGCCCUAUCUUCAUUUGCUGUAUUUUGUUUGACAAGUUCAGCCAAGCAGUAACUGUUCAGUAAUCAACUUUAGGUCGUUCAACUUUUCAAAAGUUAAUAAAUUUAAAAAUACAGGUUACAGUUGCAGCAGCAACAGAAAAUAAGAGGAAAGAAAUCAUUUUUUGUUCUUUUGGAUGUAAUUUUAAUUUGUUACAAUGUAAUUAUUGUCUGCCUCAAGGUGUGGAGCAUUAUGUAAAGCAUAGAAAGCAUUAUAUAAAACUGACUGCGUCUGAGCAAAGAGAAA